GGCCGAGCCUGACGGAGCCUGGCCAAUCAGGAGGCAGCGUUCGUUUUAGCGGGAACCCUCCUUCGCGCGGUCGCCGCCAUGUUUGGCGGCGGAAUUGAACGACCGUUUGAAAUUCUUACUCUUUUCUUUCUACCAAGAAAACCGUUCGGAGAAAUUCGUAAGACGGAUAAGGGCGGGAGCUUAAACGGUAGAAUUGGCUUUGCAGAGACAAAUCGUUGAAGGACAUGUCAUACAUCCCGGACAAAGAUCAGAAAAUUCUAAACUUAGACGCCGAAAUUGCAGCGUUCGAGAUAGAGAUCGACAAAUUAAACAAGAAACAUAUGAAAGUACAAGGAGAUAUCAACGAAACAAAAUUAAUGCAAAAAAAGGCGUUACUUAUAAUAAACAGUAAUACAUCAAUAUUUAAUGGACUUCGGGAGAAAAUGAACGAUAUCCAUAAAACCUGCGUGGAACUUUAUGGCUUCGAUGAGGAAUAUCAUUCUAAGGAAACCGAUGAGAUAAAAACCCUAACUAAAACAAGAGACGAACUGAAAAAUAAGUUGACUGAGAAAAUGAAAACUUGGAUCGAAGACAUGGCUAAGUUAGAAGAAGUUAAAUCACAAAUAACAAUCGAAAAGGUACCAAUCUUAUAACUUUCUUGGCAAUCAUCAUCAGCGUUUGGU